AGGGCUGGGAGCUGAGCCCCACCAAGAUGGAGUGUCCCAUUGUAUGGGAAGCACAUGCAGCCUGCUCCUUCCCUCCUGGCUCUGAGUUCUCUCUGCCUCUGCCAAACUCUGAGCUUUUUUUAUUUAAUAUGUCUGGAGGUUUGUGUUGUGUUGGGUGUUUUUUUUUUGUGUGUGUGUGUGCUCUGGCCUCCAACUGCCAGUUUCCAUGGCCACGAGCACUUCCCCGGUUUGGGGUUUUGCUGUUUGUGGACCGAGCCCUGCCUCUCACUCACUUAAAGGCGCUGCUGUUCCCUGCUUCCUGCAGGCACAGGGAGAGCUGCUGCAGAGACGGGGAGGGAUGGGUGCAGGGUUCUGCUUCCCCAUCACACGCAGCAUCGUUUCUGUUUCUUCUCCACCGUAGGGAAGAGCGGUGAAAGAGCCUCGUACUCCACUUUUGGAAGAGACGCCGGGAUGCCAGGACUGAGCCAGACUGGUUUCCUGCCCAGCGAAAUGGGAAUCGCCAGUCCGAGCACGCUUUCCCCCACCGGAGUGAAGGGGGGGUCUCAGUAUUUUUCUUACCCCAACAAUCCUCGCAGGAGAGGUGCUGAGAGCAGCAUAGCAGAUGGACAUCCCAAAAAGGUUCGGAAGGUGCCUCCUGGACUCCCCUCCUCGGUGAGUGGUUGGGGCCCCCCAUCCCUGCACCCCACCCCCAGCACUGCCAACCCCCAGCUCCAGCAAAGCAUCAGCGUACAGAAAAGGGAAGGGCUUCCCCCACCCCUCCCCACAUGGGAGGUUGAGGGAAACACUGCAAGCUGGGGGGGCAAACACAGACAGAGGGGUCUUGCCCUCAACCCCCCACCCCAUCACUUUGAGGUUACAUCACAGUGCCCCAUUGCAGUGGGAUAUUCAGCACGGUCAGAUUUCAGUGCAGGAGGAAAGCAAAGCAGCCGUGAGGCACGCGGGCAGCUGGGGCUGCUCCAGGUGUGUGCACUGCCUGUGCUGCUUUAUAGGAAAGCCGAGCAGGCUGCAGGAAUCUGUUAGCCAUGCUCCUAUGGCUGCUGGAGGGGAAUAAAGUGAACAAUGGCUUUGUGGUGGCUCGGAGUAAUGGGAUCUGCAGGAAAGGAGGCUGGGGAGGAGGAGGUGCAGAGCAUGGGAGCUGCCUGGCCGUGCAGCCUUCCCAAAAGACCUCAGGGAUGUGGCACAGCACCCUGUGUUGCUGGGGGGGACCCUAUAACUGCGGGACCCCAGCUGUAAGAAAAGAGACUCUGCUUUCACAGGGAAAACCUUGCUGCAGAAAAUCGUGGUGCGUGUGAAAUUCAGAGCUCCCAAACCCCGGCUGCCAUGUGGGGAAAGCGUUGCUCUGACAAAUGGCCCUUUGUUGGCCUCAGAUUUCAAAGGUGCUGGGGAGCUCCCUGUCACUCUGGUGCAGCUCAGAGGGCCCCGAUGCCCCCAGGAGCCGCUCGGUGUUUGCUGGCCCCAUGCACGUGUCAGCACCAACACCUGCACCCCAGCUAUUCCAGCACCCCAUAAGCAGUGGGGUUCUGCAGCAGAACACAGCAGCCCCGUGCUGGCAGAGCGGCACAGCUCAGUGCCGUGCGUGCUUUGCAUCCACCUUUACACGCCCCCAACUUUUAAUGGGUUCCCCCCACCCCCCUUCUUCCCAGCAGUGACCUCUGCUUUGCGUUCUGCUGUUGAACUUCCACGCUGGGGGGAGAGAAAUCCACACCUAAGUGGUAUGGGGAGGAGGGGAGGGAGGUGGGGUGGGACAAACGGCAGCAGAUCAAAGGCUCUUUGCGGCCCCGCUCCGUGUUAUCGCUGGAGCCCAUGCAAAACAAACAGGUUCCAAAGCCUCUCCUUCAAAAUAAAGUGCUUGGAUGUGCAGUUCCGAAGCUGCUUUGGAUACGUGGAGGUGGGCACACGGUGCUCGUGGUCGUGGCGCAGCUUGAGGACCUCGAUGGGGUAGGAUGGAGUGAGGUGAUGCGGUUCUGGGUGAGGUGGGACGCUGGGAACGGGGCUGGGCUGCAUCCCAGUGUGGGGUCGGUGGCUCGGUGCUCAUCCUCUGUGGGUUCAGCUCUCUGUUUGCUCUCAGUCUGCUGCGGUCCCACCCGGCUUGGUGCAUUUAAACCAAAAAAACAGCGGAGAAAAAAGGGGA